UAUCUGAAUGACUUGGACCGUAUCACCCAACCGAGUUAUGUCCCCACCCAGCAAGACGUGCUGAGGACCAGAGUCAAGACUACCGGCAUCGUGGAGACACACUUUACCUUCAAAGAGCUCUACUUCAAGUCAGUAUACCCACUGCUAGCUACACACACACACACACACACACACACACACUUUUGAUUCAGACAGAUUUUGGUCAUUUGAGAAUACUCAGCUCAGUGCCAAGCCAGAGCCUAAUGAGGCAAACAACAGUUUCAGUGUCAACAUGAUGAAUUAAUUAGAUCGCUUCAUUAAUCAGACCUAAUUAGUUUAGACAAACAUAAUCCCAUUUGUUGUUAAUUAAUUGCCAACCAGGUAAUGGCUAGCAAAUACAGCCGUACAGCCAUAUAAUCAGUCAGCCCUUAGACACCAGCUAGUUUACAGUAAGCAGACAGUCAAAGAGAAGCCAAAGCACAGUGGAACAACUCCCUAGAAUAAAAGGAAUGCACAGUUAAAAAGUGGUUUGGACACAGUCUGUUCAUGCGGUUGAUAUGUUCAGCAAAGAUUAUUUCCUAGAAAUGACUGGGAUGACUGCAUUGGCUGGGUUAAUGCAGGCAGGGGCAUAUGUUGUCUCUCUGUCUGUGUGUCUGUCAGUCUGUGUGUUAUUUCAGUUGAGUUGAGUUGAUCAGUGUAAACGUGUCCUCUACUGUCUGGGACCAUGGUGGGGUACAGGUCAAGAAAUUAGCCUGAAUUUGCUCAAGUGAAAGUAGUGAGAGGUGUAUGGUGCAUGCAUGCAAAGUAAAACAACCAAAAUGGGUAAUCGGUCGUCAAAUCUUGUCAAAUCUAUCAAUAGUUCUGCUGUAUGUGUACCUUCACACUGCAGUACCUCCCUCCUGCCCUGACCCCUGCCCCUGACCCCUGACCCUGCUGUAACACACGCUCGGUGUCUUUGUCUCUGUUUCACCCCAGGAUGUUUGACGUGGGCGGCCAGCGGUCGGAGCGGAAGAAGUGGAUCCACUGCUUUGAGGGAGUGACAUCCAUCAUCUUCUGUGUGGCGCUCAGCGACUAUGACCUGGUGUUGGCAGAGGACGAAGAGAUGGUAAGGAGAGGAGAGGGGGAGCAGAGGGGGAGGAGGAGAAGGGGAGAGAAGGGAGAGAGUGAGUGGGUGAGGAGGGGGAGAGAAGGGAGAGUGAGGGCUGAGGAGGGGGGAGAGAAGGGAGAGAGUGAGGGGUCGAGGAGGUGGGACUCGGGAUGAAGCGGGUUUGGGAGGGGCUGUGCUGGUGAUGUUGGCGAGUGGGAGGGGUUGUGGUAGGGGGCACGGGUCAGGGCAGCAGUGCGGUGUUGGCUGUGUCGGCUGCGGGCGGUGGCUCAGUGCGCUCGGGCGCGUUGUCGCGUUGGGCUUGGUGUCUGGUGGUUUCCUUGCAGGCGGUGUCGCUCCGGGCGCGCGUUGCUGGCGUCGGGUUCGUCUGUCUGGGGUCCCGUGUCUGGAGUGGGGGAUCGUUUGCGUCGCUUCGGGGGCUCUCGUCGUGUGGUGAGGGGGGUCGUGAUCGAGGUGGUUAGGAGGGAUGGUUGUGGUCUGUCCAGAGGAGAGGAGUUAGGGUGUGCAGGAGGGACGCCGGGCAAGAGGCGACGACGAGUGCGGGGUGGGGGGCACGGUCGCGUGGGGCUGAUUGUUGUGCGGCGCUGUUCUCUCGCGGUGUCGUAUGCUGCGGGUAUCGGGACGCGGUGCCGUCUGGGUGAGCUUGUGGCGAGGCAUUGACUCGACCGGUUGAGCGAGCACUCGAGUCUGGGUGGCUAGCGGUCUGUCUUGUGACGCGGAGACCGAGGUGGUACGCUCGAACGCCGUGUCGAGCGCAGCUUGGGGGGCACCGGCAUGGCGUAGAGGAGUGAAGGGCUUUUGGAGUAGUGUCUGGUUAGCGUGAUGCCCUUGGCGGUGAGACGGGCCGUGGGAAUUGGGGCUGGAUCAGUGGUAGGGAAGAGAAGUGGAGGUGGACGAGUGAGGGGUAAAUGAGCAGAAUGCAGGAGCUGAGGGGCUAGAUGAUGAGAAGGGAGGAUGGAUGGGAAAGUAGUGAGGAGGGGUGGAGAAGUGGGGUGAGGGUGAUGGGGUCAAUCAGUAGGAGGAGAGUAGAGGAUGCCGUUGAUGUCGUAGCUACUCCAGUGGGAAGAGGGAGAUGUCCCUUACUCUAUUCUCACACCUCCUUUUCAAAACGUCUCGGUGCUACCCGGCUCAGGGCUCAGGGUACAUAGCAUUUUUAGUUUAGCAUUAGCAUUUACGUUACUUGCCACCUGGCCUGGGUCCUAUUAAUGAACCGUUCGGUCCUCCCCUACAGAACCGGAUGCAUGAGAGCAUGAAGCUGUUUGACUCCAUCUGCAACAACAAGUGGUUCACAGACACCUCCAUCAUCCUGUUCCUCAACAAGAAGGAUCUGUUUGAUGAGAAGAUCGGCAGGAGUCCACUCACCAUCUGUUACCCCGAGUACGCAGGUGAGGAUCACACACAUUGAGUAGUACACACACAAACACACUCUCACACACCAAAUACAUGAUGUAAAAUAUUUGGAAGUGUUGUAGGUGUUCCUGGUUUAACUAGGGAGUUUGUGUACUUAAAAAAAAAAAAAAAACCUAAGGCAGUGUUGAGAAAGCCGCCGAUUUUGUUUGCUAUUUUGGGUCCAUUCCAUUAGCAACCUAAAUAAAGCAUAUUUAAAUAGCAACUGUUAGCUUUUUUCUGAACUUCUCAGAACUUUGCUUUGGCUUGCAUUUGUACUACCGAUUUACACAGGUAACUGCAAAAAUAAAGGAAACUCCAACAUAAAGUGUCUUAAUAGGCCGUUGGGCCACUACGAGCCAGAACGGCUUCAAUGCACCUUGGCAUAGAUUCUACAAGUGUCUGAAACUCUAUUUGAGGGAUACGACGCCAUUCUCCACAGGAAGUUCCAACAUUUGGUGUUUUGUUGAUUGUGGUGCAAAACGCAGUCUCUGGCGCCGCUCCAGAAUCUCCCCUAAGUGUUCAAUUGGGUUGAGAUCUGGUGACUGAGACGGCCAUGGCAUAUGGUUUACAUCAUUUUCAUGCUCAUCAAACCAUUCAGGGACCACUCGUGCCGUGUGGAUGAGGGUAUUGUCAUCCUAUGGGGGCAUUGCCAUGUUAGCCAAAAUAAUGGCCUGCCAGCAUUUUGAUACAUGACCCUAAGCAUGAUGGGAUGUUAAUUACUUGAUUAACUCAGGAACCACAUCUGUGUGGAAGCACCUGCUUUCAAUAUAUACUGAACAAAAAUAUAAAUGCAACAUGUAAAGUGUUGGUUUCAUGAGCUGAAAUUAAAGAUCCCAGAAAUGUUCCAUACGCAUAAAAGCUUAUUUCUCUCAAAUAUUGUGCACAAAUUUGUUUUCAUCCCUGUUAGUAAGAAUUUCUUUGCCAAAUUAAUCCUUCCACCUGACAGGUGUGACAUAUCAACAAGCUGAUUAAACAGCAUGAUCAUUACACAGGUGCACCUUGUGCUGGGGACAAUAAAAGGCCACUCUAAAAUGUGCAGUUUUGUCACACAACACAAUGCCACAAGUUGAGGGAGCGUGCAAUUGGCAUGCUGACUGCAGGAAUGUCCGACAGAGCUGUUGCCAGAGAAUUGAAUGUUCAUUUCUCUGCCAUAAGCCGCCUCCAACGUCAUUUUAGAGAAUUCGGCAGUACGUCCAACCGGCCUCAUAACCGCAGACCACAUAUAACCACGCCAACCCAGGACCUCCACAUCCGGCUUCUUCACCUGCGGGAUCGUCUGAGGGAGAAGGGGGAAAAUUAGUUCAGAUUGGCUGGGCCCCAGUGGGUGGGCCAAUGCCCUCCCAGGCCCAUCAAUGGCUGCGCCCCUGCCCAGUCAUGUGAUAUCCAUAAAUUAGGGCCUAACUAAUUUAUUUCAAAUGACUGAUUUCCUUCUAUGAACUGUAACUCUGUAAAAUCUUUGAAAUUGUUGCAUGUUGCAAUUAUAUUUUUGUACAGUAUACUUUGUGUCCCUCAUUUACUCAAGUGUUUUAAAUAUUUUGGCAGUUACCUGUAUGUUUGUUGACAUUGGCUCAGUGACAGUCUUAAAAUACAAUUUUAUGGUCUGCUAUAUAUAAUACAAGGCGUGAAAGCCCAGACAGACAGAGAGACAGACAGAUACAGAGCUGAAUACUUCAAAUACUAACCAGACAGUCACAGACAUAGAGUUUAAUACCUCUAAUAUUAACCUGGUCUCAGAGCAUUUUGUAUUAUUCUGUACGUAAAUCCGAGAUACUCCAUUUAAUAUGAUACGUUUCGUAUGGUAUGUAUUAAUUUGUUGAUGUCAAUCACCCAUUUCGUAUAUGUUACGAAUUACAAUUCGUAUUAUAUGUUAUGAAUUAGCAAAAUGUACAAUAUGUUGCGAAUUUGCUAAAUGUAUGAUAGCUAGCUGGCUAGUGUUAGCUAUGUUAGGGGUUAAGGUUAGGGUUAAGUAAAAAAUGAAUAAAUGUUAGGGUUAAGUUUGGGAGUUAGGUUUAAGGGUUACGUUUAAGGUUAGGGGAAGGAUUAGCUAACAUGCUAAGUAGUUGUAAAGUAGCUAAAAAGUAGUAAGUAGUUGAAAAGUUGCUAAUUGGCUAAAAUUGUCUGUGAUGAGAUUCGAACACGCAACCUUUGGGUUGUGAGUUAUAGCUAAAAGGUAGUAAGUAGUUGAAAAGUUGUUAAUUAGUUAUAAUGCUAAAGUUGUUCAUUUACUAUGUUACUUCUAGUCUAUGAGACCAGGCUGCUAAUACUAACCAUACUGACAGAGAGACUGAUACAGAGCUUAAUACCUCUAAUACUAACCAUACUGACAGAGAGACUGAUACAGAGCUUAAUACCUCUAAUACUAACCAUACUGACAGACACACAGGAUUUUUAUUUUUUCAGCAAUGGCACGGUUUUAGAGGCCACCCUCUUGGCCUUAGAGACAACAUGUUGCUGUUUUAUAGCUCAUUUCCUGCAAUUCUACACAUUUUGACAUGGGGCUGAGAGAAAUGUUUCAGUUUUAAAGCUAAUUUCCUGCAAUUCUACACAUUUUGACAUGGGGCUGAGAGAAAUGUUUCAGUUUUAAAGCUAAUUUCCUGCAAUUCUACACAUUUUGACAUGGGGCUGAGAGAAAUGUUUCAGUUUUAAAGCUAAUUUCCUUCAAUUCUACACAUUUUGACAUGGGGCUGAGAGAAAUGUUUCAGUUUUAAAGCUAAUUUCCUGCAAUUCUACACAUUUUGACAUGGGGCUGAGAUAAAUGUUUCAGUUUUAAAGCUAAUUUCCUGCAAUUCUACACAUUUUGACAUGGGGCUGAGAGAAAUGUUUCAGUUUUAAAGCUAAUUUCCUGCAAUUCAACACAUUUUGACAUGGGGCUGAGAGAAAUGUUUCAGUUUUAAAGCUAAUUUCCUGAAAUUCUACACAUGUUGCCUUGGCUUAUGCCGUGUUAUUAUGCUAUGUAAGUAUAAUAAUAAUAAUAAUAAUAAUAAUAAUAAUAAUAAUAAUAAUAAUAAUAAUAUGCCAUUUAGCAGACGCUUUUAUCCAAAGCGACUUACAGUCAUGCGUGCAUAAUUUUUUUUUGUGUAUGGGGUGGUCCCGGGGAUCGAACCCACUACCUUGGCGUUACAAGUGACUCAAACAUUAUAACAGAAUCAAUGGGGGCCCCAUGCCAUGACAUUCUUCCUGACUGACUAGUUUUUAUUUUGGUGAUUUGUUAGUUCUCAAAGAUGAUCUUAUUUAAAAAUACACUGAGUGUACAAAACAUUGCACCCCCCCCCCCCCCCCCCCCCCCCCCCCCCCCCCCCCCCCUCCCCUUUUUGCCCUCAGAACAGCGUCAAUUGGUGGGGGCAUGGACUCCACAAGGUGUCGAAAGCGUUCCACAGGGAUGCUGGCCCCAUGUUGACUCCAAUGCUUCCCAAAGUUGUGUCAAGUUGGCUGGAUGUCCUUUGGGUGGUGGACCAUUCUUGAUUGUCUCAAGGCUUACAAUCCUUCUUUAACCCCUUCAUCUACACUAAUUUAAGUGGAUUUAACAAGUGACAUCAAUAAGGGAUCACAGUUUUCAGCUGGAUUCACCUGGUCAGUCUAUGUUAUGGAAAUGUUUUCAACACUCGGUGUAUACAGCUCCAUUAUCCUUUCUACACACUUUACAUCUGGUAUAAGUUUACACUGAAAAAUAUAGAGUUUAAUACCUCUAAUACUAACCAGACGUGGAUAUAACCCUUAGUCUCUGAAUAAUUUCAUCCAACUCUAUUAGAUCACGUCAGAAUAGGAGUUUUACACCUGCAUGUGUCUCCCCUGUCGUAUCAGUGCUCUUUCUGAGGCUUGUCAGUUUGACCCAGACCCCUGUCUUACUCCUGAUCUCCACUCCUAUGAUAGGAUUUAAGGAGACAAGGGAAUGCACUGUAGGAUGGAGUAGGUUGAUUAGUUAGGGAACUGUACUGAAUGAGGUUUCUCCUCUGUAUUAGUUGUAUAGUAGUAGUAUAUAUAUAUAUAUAUAUAUAUGUAUAUAUAUAGUAGUAAACAUUAAAUAUAUAUAUAUAUAUAUAAUGCACAGAAUUGGUAACUAUUGGCAUGUCUUUGGUUUUUGAUUAUGUUGAUGCAGAGGUGGGGGUAUUUUUGAAGUUCAGGGAGUCCCUACCUGUUUUGUUCAGUUUCAUGACGAUUGAACAAGAGCCUGGUGUGUCUUAGUAAUGAUUGCUCUGAAGCUAACGUCAUGGUGUCCCAUCUCCUCACCAACCCUGCCUGGUGCCAGUACAUAUGAGGAGGGGGCAGCCUACAUCCAGUGUACUACAUUACCCAUAAUGCUCUUGUUCUGAUGUCUGUCUCCUCAUCAACCCAAGUGCCAGUACAUAUAGGCUGCAGCCUAUAUCUUGUGUACUACAGUACCCAUAAUGCACUUAUUAUUAUUAUUAUUAUUAUUAUUAUAGGUGCCAGUACAUAUGAGGAGGCUGCAUCCUAUAUCUUGUGUACUACAGUACCCAUAAUGCAAUUAUUAUUAUUAUUAUUAUUAUUAUUAUUAUUAUUAUUGUUAUUAUUAUUACAGGUGCCAGUACAUAUGAGGAGGCUGCAGCCUAUAUCUAGUGUACUACAAUACCCAUAAUGCACUUAUUAUUACUACAGGUGCCAGUACAUAUGAGGAGGCUGCAGCCUAUAUCUAGUGUACUACAGUACCCAUAAUGCACUUAUUAUUAUUACAGGUGCCAGUACAUAUGAGGAGGCUGCCGCCUAUAUUAGUGUACUACGUACCCAUAAUGCACUUAUUAUAUUCAGGUGCCAGUACAUUGAGAGGCAGCAUCCUAUAUCUUGUGUACUACAGUACCCAUAAUGCAAUUUAUUAUUAAUUAUUAUUAUUAUUAUUUUAUUGUUAUAUUAUUAUUACAGGUGCCCGUCAUAUGAGGAGGCUGCAGCUAUAUCUAGUGUACUACAGUACCCAUAAUGCACUAUUAUUAUUAGCAGGUGCCAGUACAUAUGAGGAGGCUGCAGCCUAUAUCUAGGUAUACCAUACCCUUAAUGCACUUAUUUAUUAUAUGACCAGUCCAGUUACAUAGUGUGAGGCUGCAGCCUAUCUAGUGUAGCUACAGUACCCAUAAUGCACUUUUAUUAUUACAGAGCCAGUACAUAUAGGAAGCUGCCGCCUAUUUCAGUGUCGAUGUUUGAGGACCUGAACAGGAGGAAGGGAACUAAAGAGAUCUACACCCACUUCACCUGCGCCACCGACACCAAGAACGUCCAGUUCGUGUUCGACGCUGUCACAGACGUCAUCAUCAAGAUCAACCUCCAGGAGUGUGGACUCUACUGAGGUGACGGGGAUGUUCAGGUCAGUGACCUUUGAACUUUGUAGUUACUGAAUCCCUGUAAAAAAAUUAUAUAUAUAUAUAUACAGUGCUAUGAAAAAGUAUUUGCCCCCUUUCUAAUUUUCUCUACUUUUGCAUAUUUGUGAUACUGAAUGUUAUCAGAUCUUCAACCAAAACCUAAUAUUAGAUAAAGGGAACAUAAGUGGACAAAUAACACAACAAUUACAUAUUUAUUUAAUUUAUUUCAUAAACAAAGUUAUGCAACACCCAAUUCCCCUGUGUGAAAAAGUAGUUGCCCCCUUACACUCAAUAACUGGUUGUGCCACCUUUAGCUGCAAUGACUCCAACCAAAUGCUUCCUGUAGUUGUUGAUCAGUCUCUCACGUCGCUGUGGAGGAAUUUUGGCCCACUCUUCCAUGCAGAACUGCUUUAACUCAGUGACGUGUGGGUUUUCAAGCAUGAACUGCUCGUUUCAAGUCCUGCCACAACAUCUCAAUUGGGAUUAGGUCUGGACUUUGACUAGGCCAUUCCAAAACUUCCAAUUUGUUGCUUUUUAGCAAUUUUCAUGUAGACUUGAUUGUGUGUUUUGGAUCAUUGUCUUGCUUCAUGACCCAGCUGCGCUUCAGCUUCAGCUCACAGAAGGAUGGUCUGACAUUCUCCUGUAGAAUUCUCUGAUACAGAGCAGAAUUCAUGGUUCCUUCUAUUAAGGCAAGUCGUCCAGGUCCUGAGGCAGCAAAGCAUCCCCAAACCAUCACACCAUCACCACCAUGCUUGACCUUUGGUAUGAUGUUCUUACUGUGGAAUGUAGAGUUUGGUUUUCGCCAGGCAUUACUGGAACCAUGUCGUCCAAAAAGUUAUACUUUUGAAUCAUCUGUCCAUAGAACGUUCUUCCAAGAGUCUUGAUGAUCAUCCAGGUGCUUUUUGGCAAACUUGAGUCAACUUUUUGGACGAGAUGGGUCCCAUUAUGCCUGGCGAAAACCAAACACUGCAUUCCACAGUAAGAACAUCAUACCAAAGAUCAAGCAUGGUGGUGGUGGUGUGAUGGUUUGGGGAUGCUUUGCUGCCUCAGGACCUGGACGACUUGCCUUAAUAGAAGGAACCAUGAAUUCUGCUCUGUAUCAGAGAAUUCUACAGGAGAAUGUCAGACCAUCCGUCUGUGAGCUGAAGCUGAAGCGCAGUUGGGUCAUGUAGCAAGACAAUGAUCCAAAACACACAAUCAAGUCUACAUGAAAAUAGCUAAAAAGCAACAAAUUGGAAGUUUUGGAAUGGCCUAGUCAAAGUCCAGACCUAAUCCCAAUUGAUAUGUUGUGGCAUAACUUGAAACAAGCAGUUCAUGCUUGAAAACCCACACGUCACUGAGUUAAAGCAGUUCUGCAUGGAAGAGUGGGCCAAAAUUCCUCCACAGCGACGUGAGAGACUGAUCAACAACUACAGGAAGCAUUUGGUUGGAGUCAUUGCAGCUAAAGGUGGCACAACCAGUUAUUGAGUGUAAGGGGGCAAUUACUUUUUCACACAGGGGAAUUGGGUGUUGCAUAACUUUGUUUAUGGAAUAAAUGAAAUAAAUAUGUAAUUGUUGUGUUAUUUGUUCACUUAUGUUCCCUUUAUCUAAUAUUAGGUUUUGGUUGAAGAUCUGAUAACAUUCAGUAUCACAAAUAUGCAAAAGUAGAGAAAAUUAGAAAGGGGGCAAAUACUUUUUCAUAGCACUGUAUAUAUCCUAGACCUGGUAUUGGAUAAGGUUAAAGGUGCAGGUCCUAGACCUGGUAUUGGAUAAAGGUGCAGGUCCUAGACCUGGUAUUGGAUAAGGUUAAAGGUGCAGGUCCUAAACUUGGUAUUGGAUAAGGUUAAAGGUGCAGGUCCUAGACCUGGUAUUGGAUAAAGGUGCAGGUCCUAGACCUGGUAUUGGAUAAAGGUGCAGGUCCUAGACCUGGUAUUGGAUAAGGUUAAAGGUGCAGGUCCUAGACCUGGUAUUGGAUAAGGUUAAAGGUGCAGAUCCUAGACCUGGUAUUGGUUAAAGGUGCAGAUCCUAGACCUGGUAUUGGUUAAAGGUGCAGGUCCUAGACCUGGUAUUGGAUAAAGGUGCAGGUCCUAGACCUGGUAUUGGAUAAGGUUAAAAGUGCAGAUCCUAGACCUGGUAUUGGUUAAAGGUGCAGGUCCUAGACCUGGUAUUGGAUAAGGUUAAAGGUGCAGGUCCUAGACCUGGUAUUGGAUAAAGGUGCAGGUCCUAGACCUGGUAUUGGAUAAGGUUAAAGGUGCAGGUCCUAGACCUGGUAUUGGAUAAAGGUGCAGGUCCUAGACCUGGUAUUGGAUAAGGUUAAAAGUGCAGGUCCUAGACCUGGUAUUGGAUAAAGGUGCAGGUCCUAGACCUGGUAUUGGAUAAAGGUGCAGGUCCUAGACCUGGUAUUGGAUAAGGUUAAAGGUGCAGGUCCUAGACCUGGUAUUGGAUAAAGGUGCAGGUCCUAGACCUGGUAUUGGAUAAAGGUGCAGGUCCUAGACCUGGUAUUGGUUAAAGGUGCAGGUCCUAGACCUGGUAUUAGAUAAGGUUAAAGGUGCAGGUCCUAGACCUGGUAUUAGAUAAGGUUAAAGGUGCAGAUCCUAGACCUGUUAUUGGAUAAAGGUGCAGGUCCUAGACCUGGUAUUGGAUAAGGUUAAAGGUGCAGAUCCUAGACCUGGUAUUGGUUAAAGGUGCAGAUCCUAGACCUCGUAUUGGUUAAAGGUGCAGGUCCUAGACCUGGUAUUGGAUAAAGGUGCAGGUCCUAGACCUGGUAUUGGAUAAGGUUAAAGGUGCAGGUCCUAGACCUGGUAUUGGAUAAGGUUAAAGGUGCAGUUCCUAGACCUGGUAUUGAAUAAAGGUGCAGGUCCUAGACCUGGUAUUGGAUAAGGUUAAAGGUGCAGGUCCUAGGCCUGGUAUUGGAUAAAGGUGCAGGUCCUAGACCUGGUAUUGGAUAAGGUUAAAGGUGCAGGUCCUAGGCCUGGUAUUGGUUAAAGGUGCAGGUCCUAGACCUGGUAUUGGAUAAAGGUGCAGGUCCUAGACCUGGUAUUGGAUAAAGGUGCAGGUCCUAGACCUGGUAUUGGAUAAAGGUGCAGGUCCUAGACCUGGUAUUAGAUAAAGGUGCAGGUCCUAGACCUGGUAUUGGAUAAAGGUGCAGGUCCUAGACCUGGUAUUGGAUAAAGGUGCACAGCUGAGAUGCUGUCAUCGGUACGAGACUUUGGCAGAGUUUUAUAAUGGUUAACAUUUAUCCUGUCUUCUCUCUUCAUCCUUUGUAGGUGUCUGGUGGGCUGUGAGCCUCAUGGGAGGGGG